AUGGAUCGAAUACCUCGCUCUUUCACAACCUGUCACAUAGAUUUUUAUACAGGUUUAUCAUUACCUUUCCUUGAAAUUAUCUUACAUACCCUCCCUUCUACUCAACUCCAUUUCUCAUCUUUCACAGCUCCAGAUCAACUGUUUGACCGACAUCACGCCGUCCAGAAACUGCUCGCAAUAGAUGUGUUUACCUUUGACUUCGACUUACAAGUGAUCCGUCUUAGAAACUGGACCUUCCUUGAGUUUUGCCAUUAUCCAAGAAUAUCUCAUCGAGUUGCCCGUUGGAUUGAGGAAGGCCAAAUCUACCUCCAACCAUUCUUUCUCGCUCUCUGCCGUCAGGCCCCUCGCCAUUCAUUUACCAGUGCCUCCUUUGGUGCCAACCCCCACAACAUCCGCCCACUCAUUCGCCGUCUAAUCAAACCUAUAACACCAAUACCUUCAACAGUGCCACUCAACAGUAUUCAAUACUACAAACACUUGGUUUCCACUGACAUGCCCACCAUCAACACUUCACCUCUUUCCCCCUCCCAAUGGCGCCUCUUUUCAAAACUACCUAUUCUCCUUCAAUCCCGAACUGUAUGGUAUAGACUUAUCCAUCGAAAAAUUCCCUCCAAAUCGAUCCUCCACCACUUCAUCCCCACAACUCACCCUUCACCUUCGUGUCCUCUCUGUUUGACCCAGAGCCCGGAGGAUAUCCAACAUUUCUUCUUUACUUGUCCUCUCAAACUCGCUGUAUGGCGGUUCCUUGCCACUACAUACCUAUCCCACACGCCGAUGACCGACGACGUCCUUCUCCCAUUCCUCCACGGUAUUCAAACUCUAUCCAUAGCUGAACCCACUCGCUCUGCCUCCUUACCUUUUCCAGAGCUUACCGUUUACCAAGUUUUCGCUACCAGUCUACUCUGUAUAUGGCAAGCCCACUGGCGCUCCAUCUUCGACCAUGUCCCUUUUGUCACUCUCAACGUUAACACAUCUAUUGCCCGUUCUCUGUCUCGCUUGGAAUCAGAAUUACAGUUUGAUUUGUAA